CGCAGAGGCGCCACUGAACGCCCAUGUCGAUCGUCGAGUGACAGCGAAUGCGACUAUCAGCUGCUAUCAGCGGAGAUAAGCCCAGGCCAGUUAUGACAGUCGCGGUUCUUGCGGAGUAAAUAAAAAAGGGGCCAAGUUCUUCAAAAAUAAUAUAUAUAAUAUGUUCAAUUGCGCCCACCCGAAGAUGUUAAGCCGAUUCUCGUCGAUUCUUUAACGCGCUCGACAGCUUGGCCGAAAAAUGAUUUGCAUUCGUCGGUGUAACCUUCUCGAUCGCGGGUCCAUCGAUUUAUUUUUACGCGACACUAAAAUCGCGGUCCAAAUUAUUUAUGUGAGGGACUCGGAAACAUAAAAGUAAAUUUAAUGAUCCCAUGGAUGCGUGAUCAAAUUGCAGAGGCCUGGCAUAACAGGAAAAGUUCAAGGGCGGCUGACAAGCGGUCCUUGGCCCUUUCUUCUGUCAGCACAGGCAAUCCUGCAAGCAACAACACCAUGCUUACGCCGUUACCUACCUCACCCGAAAACUUCUCCGUCAAUGUCAUCAGCACAGAGGGCAAUGUAAUGGACGUUACAGUAAAGCCGAAUUUUACUGUGGAAAACAUUAAGAAAAUAGCUGUGGUACAUUUCUAUGGUCAGGACACAACCAAACCCGUCUCACGCUACCGCUUAGCUCAUUCGUCCAAAUUUAAACAGCUCGCGGAUGAGAAUUGCGUAGCCGACGAGGAUAUCAACGAAUACGAUGAAUUAUUAUUAGUAGAAAAACGAUCGUCAGUCGCUAUAAACGAGAAUCUUUCGGAAGAAGCUCUCAAGGGUCCAAGUCUAGAAGAAAUAGCUCGUGCUACAAGUCACUUACUUAGUCUACAAAAUCCACCUAGGCCUGUGCCGCCUGCAGAAUGGCCUGCGGAUUUCCAGAAUGAAAUCCGUAAGAUUUUAAUAUCCCUUGUACAAGCGUCCGCGAGGAUCUUAAUGUACAGCCCCGACGCUGAGAAAUUGUAUGAGAUCAUUAAGGAGAAACUCGAAGCCAGGUGUAAGCCCGUCAGCGAUCCAAAAGUCGUGAAAACUCUAAUAGAAAUGGGUUAUCCUCAGAAGAAAGUUCUCAAAGCGUUGCGUCUUCGAAAAUCGAAUAUGACUGAAGCUUUGGAAUGGCUUAUAGAACAUCAGGAUGAUUCGGAUGACGAAGAUGAUGAUGGAACAGAUUUUCUGGAUUCCGUGGAUACAACGACAGACACGAGUAUCGCGAGUCCCAGUUCUUCACUAAACACUAAGAAAAAAUUAAAAGACGCAUGCUUAGAACUGUUUGAAACAGAAAAACAGGAUCGAAAAGAAAAAAAUCUGGUGCAGAUCGUGGAAUUGUUGUUGCAAAGUUGUCGACAGUAUAAGAAAAUGGAAUUUAAACCUAAUAAGAAGGCAGUGCGGUCGCUUGUAGAAAUGGGCUUUGACGAGAAGAAUGUUGUAGGAGCGUUGAAAGUUACUGGGAACGAUCAGGCAAACGCUUGCGAGUGGUUGCUGGGCGAAAGAAGACGCAGUUUACAAGACUUGGACGAGGGCCUCGAAUCCGAUGGUCUAAUCUAUAAAGCAAUUAUGAGUAAUCCUCAUAUUCAGCUUAGUCUUACAAAGCCCAAGAUGUUGCUUGCGUAUUUGUCAAUGAUCGAAACACCCGCCUCAGCAAACAUAUGGAUUAACGAUCCCGAAAUUUCACCUAUGCUUGGCCAGAUAUCCAAGACAUAUCACACCGAAAAACAUGCCAUCCACAUGAAUCGUUAUACCUAGUACUACGGCAAAACUUGUUUGAGUCUCUGUGGAACAUCCAUAUUUUUUAUAUAAAUUUACAAAUAAUUUUUGCAGAGAUUUGGAAUAUCAAUUAGUGUGAUCAGUUAUAAUUUUUGCAUUUUUGAUUAUGUGUAAUCAAAUUGUAAUAUAACUAUAAUUAUGGCAAGUUAAUUAUAGUUCUAAUUAUAAUCACUGCUAGUUUAAAGAUAUUAUAUUUAUGAAGAUCCCAUUGAUUAUUCAAUUCGCUUGCUAUAAUAUGCUAUCAAACAUAAUUUGCGUUUCUGCAUACAGUGCUUUUGACGUUGUACAAAUUGCCUGUUGACAGUUCUUAGAGAAAUGUGCUUUAAUAUAUAUUUAAAGAAGAAUUGUUAUUUUAACGUGUAAUAUAAAUUCUUAUAGUAAAAUAUUCGUAUUUGUAUCAAA